UCAGUGCACGAGAGCUGGCCUAGAGAAGCCGGAAGCUACCCUGGAGCGGUUCUGUGGCGACCCGUUGUCGGUUGCGAACUCCUGUGCAGAUUAAACCUAUAUGUCUGAGUAUGCAGAUACCAGCCUGCCCCCAGAAGACCGGGUCAGAGGUCUUAUUCAUAUGGGGAGUAGUGUGGAAGUGAAUGAAGAUGUUCCACCACGAAGAUACUACCGUUCAGGUGUUGAAAUCAUCCGGAUGGCAACUAUUUAUUCCGAAGAAGGCAACAUCGAACGUGCCUUUAUAUUGUACAACAAAUACAUUACGCUCUUCUUAGAGAAACUCCCCAAGCAUCGAGAAUAUAAAACUGCAAUCAUUCCAGAGAAGAGAGAGACCGUGAAAAAACUAAAAGAGGUUGCAUUCCCUAAAGCAGAGGAGUUGAAAAAGGAGCUUUUAGCAAAAUACAACAAGGAAUAUGCAGAAUACAAUAUACAGAAGAAGAAGCGAGAGGAGGCAUUCGCGCGCACCUUGGCCCUGCAGCAGCAGCUGGAGGAGGAGAGGCAACGAGUGGCCCGCAUGAAGCAGCAGCAAGCCGAGCAGGAGCAGUUCCACGCCUUUGAGGACAUGAUCCGGCGCCAGGAGCUGGAGAAGGAGCGCCUGAGGGUGGUGCAACAAUUUGGGACAGCAACCGUAGGCCCCCCGGAGGGCCCCUUAAUACCUGGCGUGCUCAAGCCCCCCACUGACCCCCAAACUCUUAUGUCCGGUGGCCAACCUUUGAGCCCCGCGGGAGGAAGCGGACUGCCGCAGCCCCCCGUAGUGGACCGGUCGCUGAAACCUGGCGCUUUGGGGAACUCGGAAAACAGCGCCGUUAUAGAUGGUCUCCGCCACAUCGUUGUCCCCAGGGAUCUGUGCCAUAAAUUUCUGCAGUUGGCAGAUGCAAAUACAGCCAGGGGUGUGGAGACCUGUGGGAUCCUUUGUGGGAAGCUGAUGAGGAAUGAAUUCACCAUCACCCACGUCAUUGUCCCCAAGCAACACGGAGGCCCCGACUAUUGCAACACGGAGAGCGAGGAGGAGCUCUUCCUAAUCCAGGACCAGAACAGCCUGAUCACCUUGGGAUGGAUCCAUACUCAUCCUACUCAGACGGCUUUCCUCUCCAGUGUGGACCUGCACACCCAUUGCUCCUAUCAAAUGAUGUUGCCAGAGUCUAUAGCUAUCGUUUGUUCACCAAAGUAUCAGGAGACUGGAUUCUUUAAACUGACAGACCACGGGAUGGAGGAGAUCUCGUCCUGCAGGCAGAAAGGAUUCCAUCCCCACUGCAAAGACCCUCCUCUCUUUACUGUAAGUGCCUGGGAGAAGCAGGGGUCUUUUGCCAUCCUGAGUGCAUUUGCCACAAAUGCUCUUGUCCCCAUCCGCUGCGAAUUCUCCUCCCUUGGGAUCCUUGGGAUCCUUGGGCGCACUGGAAAGGAUGAGCUGCAGCUACCAGUCAGGGCUUCUGGUUUGCCUCUCGAACAGCCGAAAUCCAGUGAGGGAGAGCUGCUGAGCGGUCCGGAGGACGAGUUUGAUAGGCGACAAUAA